GACACAAAUUACACAAAUCUGCAAAUAAACCAGCAAGAAAGUGGUAUACCCUCCCCUAGCCCCAACAUUAUUAGCACAGCUAUUUGAGCACAGGCAAGAGGGAUACAGGUGUCAUUAUCACAAACCUCAACCCCAUUUCUGCAAUUCCAUUGAACCUUUACCUUUACCUCCCGCACUUCUAACUUAGUUCUCCUUCCACUUGCACCACCAACACCUACUCACUCACACACACAAAGUGCUGGAGCAAACACUAACACUAACACAACACCACCAACAAGAAGAAGAAGAAACAUUCCCAGAGACCCUUUUGCUCUGUGAAGCCAAAGUUGCUAUCUUUUCUCAAAUGGGGACCCGAAUCCCUUCGCACCAGCUCAGCAGCGGCCUCUACGUGUCGGGUCGACCCGAACAAGUAAAAGAGCGUCCGCCGACGAUGACGUCACGCUCUGUUCCGUACACCGGCGGCGACCCCAAGAAGUCCGGCGAGCUCGGGAAAAUGUUGGAAAUCCCCGGCGUCGAGCCGAAACCGUCGCGUCCGUCGUCUGGGUCGGUGAGAUCCGGGCCGAACUCGGGCCCGGCGGGAGGGAGGCUGAGCGGGUCAGGGCCCAUGUCGCGAAAGUCGUCCGGUUCGGGUCCGAUAGCGCUGCAGCCCACGGGCCUGAUAACGUCGGGCCCGGUCGGGAGUCGGCGGUCGGGUCAGCUGGAGCAGCCUGCAGCGACGGCGGGGGGGAAGAUGGUGUACGGGUCGGCGGUGACGAGUUUGAGCGAGGAAGUGAGGGUGGGGUUUAGGGUUUCGAGAGCGGUGGUGUGGGUUUUCAUGGUGGUGGUGGCAAUGAGCUUGCUCGUUGGGGUGUUUCUCAUGGUGGCGGUGAAGAAAGCAGUGAUCUUGGUGGCGCUCGGAGCGGUUAUUGUGCCCGUCGUUGUUUUGAUCGCGUGGAACUGCGUUUGGGGGAGACGAGGGCUUUUAGGGUUUGUGAAAAGGUACCCUGAUGCUGAACUUAGAGGCGCCAUUGAUGGACAGUACGUCAAGGUUACCGGGGUUGUAACCUGUGGCAGUAUUCCUUUGGAGUCAUCCUACCAAAGAGUACCUAGAUGUGUAUAUGUCUCCACCGAAUUAUAUGAAUAUAAAGGAUUGGGUGGAAAAUCAGCGAAUUCUAAACACCGUUGCUUCACUUGGGGUUCUAGAUAUUCUGAGAAAUACGUAGCAGACUUCUACGUAUCAGACUUCCAGUCCGGAUUAAGAGCAUUAGUGAAAGCAGGCUAUGGUGCCAAGGUUGCUCCUUUUGUGGAACCAACUACUGUAGUUGAUAUAACAAAGGAUAACAGAGAGUUAUCUCCAAAUUUCUUAGGCUGGCUUGCAGACCGCAAACUCUCCAGUGAUGAUAGGAUAAUGCGCCUCAAGGAAGGGUACAUCAAAGAAGGUAGCACCGUAAGUGUGAUGGGAGUUGUCCAACGACACGAUAACGUGCUCAUGAUUGUUCCUGCGGCGGAGCCUGUCUCAACAGGCUGCCAGUGGAUCCGCUGCCUUUUGCCAACCUAUGUUGAAGGCCUAAUCUUGACAUGUGAUGAUAGUCAAAAUGCUGAUGUCAUUCCUGUUUAGUGUUGUUUUCUUUUGCUUGGAAAUCAGUGUCUCACGCAUCUGAAAUGACAAAAAACUGAUGGGGAAAUCCUACAAUAUGGAAUCAAGAGUAUUUUCCACUUGCUGGUUUGUGUAAAAUGGCUUGGAAGAAGAUGCUAAGCAGACUACUAAGACUAAGAUUGUCAUGAUAAUCAGAAUAUGAUUGGAUUAAUAUGACGCAAGGAUUCACAAGGGCCAACUACAAGCACUUUGAGAAAGUCAUAUCAAUGUAAUCCAUCCAAGAAGUUGCAUUGUUCUUUUUCUGCUUAUUUUAUUAUGUACAUAGUUAGAGGGACCCGAAGGGGUUCAAAGUAGUUAGUUCUAGCCGGAAUGUAGCUUUGUAGCUAAAUAUUAUUUGUCAAGUUUGGGUUAACUUGUAUUCUUAAGUUGAUAUGUUGUGUCCUGCCUAUGUUACUAGUUGUAAAAAUCGAAAACCAUCCAUGUUACUCACGAUACUGUUGUAUAAAUGUUGGCUAAAAUCAAGUUAAAUAACGCCCCACAUUGUUGUUUC